GCGAGUGGGCUGGGCGCCCGGUGGGCGGCGAGCCUCCGGGCCGGAGCCUGGGCGACCUGUGGCGCCGGGGAGCCCUCAGGUGGGAGGGAGCCGGGAACGCGGGCUCGAGGGGUGCCAGAUGGAAAGUCUCCGGAGGGCGGAGGCCGCGCCUUUCUCCGCCCCCGAGGGAGCGGCUAAGCCUUUUAUGCAGCAGGCGCUCAAUACGUUUAUUUACCGAAAUGUAGUUGUGAGCAUCUUUUCGUGGCUCAGCCUCACAAUCUUCUCCCCAGGCUCAGUGUUCCUUCCCUUUUGGUCGUUCCAUUGCCUGCCUCAAUACCUUGCCGUGAUUCAGGGGUUCCACUUGGUUUGUGGAAUCAGAAUUCGAGGGCACGGGCCUGGGAGUCUUGUGUUUUAACAGCCUCUCAAAGUAGUUGACUGGCUAGCUUUUUAGAACGACUGUUCAACAAAUGUUUGUGAGCCUUCUUAGUGCCAGAUUUCAUUCCUGGCAAUGAAGUCCCUGCUUGAUUGAUUAUAAUUUUUUGCUCCCCUCUUUUUUCUUUCUUUUUUGUCUUAUACUUGGAUUUUCUUCCACGAUGGGGAGUCCCAGGCAUUGUUCUAGGCACUGGAGAAGAAACAGCAAUGGAUGAAAACUGAAAAAAUCCCUGCCUUUUUGGAGGUUAUGUUCUAAUAGCAGAGGCAGAAGAUAAAGUUCAAGUUUGUUAGUGAAGGGCUGAAGAGAAAAAAAAUAAAGGCAUUUGAGAAAGGGAGAUAAGUGUGUGUAGAGGUAUGGUCUGUGAAAUUCUUCAUGGGGUUGCAAGCAUAGGCUUACUGAGAAUACUCAGUUUGGUAAAUGACUGUGGACCUAACAAGUAUCAUUUGAUUGCCAGACCACCUUUGGGUGCUUAUGGGAGAGGUUACAGAAUCUAGCUGAGAGAUAGAGAAAUACGACUGGGAAAACGCUGAACCGUGUGACAAGUUUCCUAGUCAGGAAAAGAGCCAGUCUAAGUGAGGUGGGGUUUGUUGGGCUCAUAGGCCAGUAGUGGAGCAAAUAGAAAUCAUUUGGACAUUUCUGUUGUAUAGUUUUGGGAAAGUUUAAGUUGAUUUGACUCAAGGUCCAGUUCAGUCAGGGGGUAUUCUGUGGUCUGGAUUCAGUUUUGAUUGUGUAGUUUCUUAAGGGGGUAGGGGGUCAAGAACAGUUUAGAAAAGUGGGGAAGAGAUAUUCUAAGAAUAUGAAAUAGGAUUUAAUUAUGACAGUCAUGUUAUUUUGUAUUGAUGCAAGUCUGUCUCUGGUCCCAUGAUUUCUGUAGUUCUGUGAUUUUUCCUGCCCCCCCCCAUCAGCUUACCUUUUGCUGUUCUUGUCUUACUUGGUCUUUUCUUUUCAGCAAGUUGACUUUCUCUUCUUGGCAGUUCCAUCUUCCCUUCCAUGUCCAGCAUGCAGUGCCGUUCUUUAAUCUCCUUUUCUUUUCUGUCUCCAGCAUUUGCUGUGGUAGCAUUGAAUCCCAUUGUUUCCUCAGAGGGCCAUGAAAACAAAGCAUGCUGCAAGCUGUAUAGUAACUACGAGGUGUGAGUGUCUGCCACCACAGGAUAUGAGAAACUCAGUGCUUGUGGGCAUUUUGUCUUCCCUAGGUUCAGGUACAGGAAGACUCAGGUGACUCAGAAGUGGAGAAUGAAGCAAAAGAAGAUUUUCCACCUCAAAAGAAGCCAGUUUGGCUGGAUGAAGAAGAUGAAGAUGAGGAGAUAUUCCAUCAUGCCAUGGGGGGAGUACCUGCCUGGGCAGAGACCAAUAGAUGGAAAACAUCUUCAGAUGAUGAAGAACUGCCAACACGCUAACACUGAACGUCCUACCACUGCUCGGGUCUCGUCUGUGCAGUACCACCCCCGUGCACAGGUUGUGAUGGUCACUGGACUAGAUGACGCUAAAUCACUCUUUCAGGUUGAUGGAAAAACAAAUCCUAAAAUUCAGAGCAUCUGUUUGGAAAUGUUUCCAAUCUUUAAGGCUUGUUUCAGUGCUAAUGGAGAAGAGGUUUUAGCCACGAGCACUCACAGCAAAGUUCUUUAUGUCUAUGAUAUGCUGGCUCUGAAAGCUAAUUCCUGUGCAUCAAGGAAGAGGUUCAGGUACAGGAAGACUCAGGUGACUCAGAAGUGGAGAAUGAAGCAAAAGAAGAUUUUCCACCUCAAAAGAAGCCAGUUUGGCUGGAUGAAGAAGAUGAAGAUGAGGAGAUAUUCCAUCAUGCCAUGGGGGGAGUACCUGCCUGGGCAGAGACCAAUAGAUGGAAAACAUCUUCAGAUGAUGAAGAACUGCCAACACGCUAACACUGAACGUCCUACCACUGCUCGGGUCUCGUCUGUGCAGUACCACCCCCGUGCACAGGUUGUGAUGGUCACUGGACUAGAUGACGCUAAAUCACUCUUUCAGGUUGAUGGAAAAACAAAUCCUAAAAUUCAGAGCAUCUGUUUGGAAAUGUUUCCAAUCUUUAAGGCUUGUUUCAGUGCUAAUGGAGAAGAGGUUUUAGCCACGAGCACUCACAGCAAAGUUCUUUAUGUCUAUGAUAUGCUGGCUCUGAAAGCUAAUUCCUGUGCAUCAAGGAAGAGGUUCAGGUACAGGAAGACUCAGGUGACUCAGAAGUGGAGAAUGAAGCAAAAGAAGAUUUUCCACCUCAAAAGAAGCCAGUUUGGCUGGAUAAAGAAGAUGAAGAUGAGGAGAUGGUUAACAGGAUGAACGAUCGUUUGCAGAAAGAUAUGAUGAAAAAUACUGCUGAAAGUAAACUUUCAAAAGAUGAGCUACAAAAGAGACUUAAAGAAGAGUAAAUGUCCUUUUCCAUUUGUUUUAACAAGAGAUUCCAUCAUGCCAUGGGGGGAGUACCUGCCUGGGCAGAGACCAAUAGAUGGAAAACAUCUUCAGAUGGUUUCAGGUCAAGUUGCCGUACCUUGUCAUUAUUGACCUGGUUAUGUUUCACUGGAGAACAAUACUACUGAUUAAUUAGAGGUCUCGGACAGUGACGUCUUUGGCCAGAGGAUCUGUGCAUUUGUUUAUGGAGGAGAAAACCUGUGAAAACAGAAAUAACUGAAAGUAGUCCAAAUGACGCAUGAACUCAUCACCGCUUUAAACUAUCAACCACGUACCCUGAGAGGAGAACACAAGCAACUGCCAACCGGAGAACCAUGGGGAUGCCUACCCAGUGCCUCUUACCUCUGUACCAUGAAUGCACAGAUGCCGGAGUAGGAGUUUUAAGUAAAAUUUCUCUGGACAUAAAAGUCUCCCAACCCGAAUGGAUAUGAAGAACUGCCAACACGCUAACACUGAACGUCCUACCACUGCUCGGGUCUCGUCUGUGCAGUACCACCCCCGUGCACAGGUUGUGAUGGUCACUGGACUAGAUGACGCUAAAUCACUCUUUCAGGUUGAUGGAAAAACAAAUCCUAAAAUUCAGAGCAUCUGUUUGGAAAUGUUUCCAAUCUUUAAGGCUUGUUUCAGUGCUAAUGGAGAAGAGGUUUUAGCCACGAGCACUCACAGCAAAGUUCUUUAUGUCUAUGAUAUGCUGGCUCUGAAAGCUAAUUCCUGUGCAUCAAGGAAGAGGUUCAGGUACAGGAAGACUCAGGUGACUCAGAAGUGGAGAAUGAAGCAAAAGAAGAUUUUCCACCUCAAAAGAAGCCAGUUUGGCUGGAUAAAGAAGAUGAAGAUGAGGAGAUGGUUAACAGGAUGAACGAUCGUUUGCAGAAAGAUAUGAUGAAAAAUACUGCUGAAAGUAAACUUUCAAAAGAUGAGCUACAAAAGAGACUUAAAGAAGAGUAAAUGUCCUUUUCCAUUUGUUUUAACAAGAGAUUCCAUCAUGCCAUGGGGGGAGUACCUGCCUGGGCAGAGACCAAUAGAUGGAAAACAUCUUCAGAUGAGGAGAAAACCUGUGAAAACAGAAAUAACUGAAAGUAGUCCAAAUGACGCAUGAACUCAUCACCGCUUUAAACUAUCAACCACGUACCCUGAGAGGAGAACACAAGCAACUGCCAACCGGAGAACCAUGGGGAUGCCUACCCAGUGCCUCUUACCUCUGUACCAUGAAUGCACAGAUGCCGGAGUAGGAGUUUUAAGUAAAAUUUCUCUGGACAUAAAAGUCUCCCAACCCGAAUGGAUAUGAAGAACUGCCAACACGCUAACACUGAACGUCCUACCACUGCUCGGGUCUCGUCUGUGCAGUACCACCCCCGUGCACAGGUUGUGAUGGUCACUGGACUAGAUGACGCUAAAUCACUCUUUCAGGUUGAUGGAAAAACAAAUCCUAAAAUUCAGAGCAUCUGUUUGGAAAUGUUUCCAAUCUUUAAGGCUUGUUUCAGUGCUAAUGGAGAAGAGGUUUUAGCCACGAGCACUCACAGCAAAGUUCUUUAUGUCUAUGAUAUGCUGGCUCUGAAAGCUAAUUCCUGUGCAUCAAGGAAGAGGUUUUGAUUCCGUUGUUCUGAGGGGGGCCUGAUUCUGCGUUUUAACAAGCUCUCGGAUGGUGCUGAUGCUGCUGAGCCACGGACCUCCCUUUGAGUUCUCAACCUUAAACCAUCUCCUCACAUUGAAACAGAAAACAACGUGUAGUAGUUAUCGCUCUUAAAUAUUAUUCCACUAAUCGGGAGGAAUGGGCUUUGGUCCUUCCUGCAUUGCAUCUUCCUGGGAAAAGCAGACCAGGGGUGGCUGAAAUCUGGUAGUUACCGGUGUUCACUGUGGAUCCACGGGUGUGCAGGGUUGUGUAUUCGACCACCAGCUUCUUCUAAGACAUGGCAGUUAUCUUUCCCUUCUAAUAUUUUUCAUCUUCUUACCUCAAUAAGUAUAGCUUGGUAAUAAUGAUGAUGAUAAUAAUAGUAAUGGUAAAUCAAAUGUAUUUCUUUUUUGGUGAUAUGCUAUUGAAUAUAAUCUCAGUUUCUUGUUAUUAUAAAACACUGUAACUCAAGAAAUUAAUUAAGGACGGUAGAACAAGGAUAUACAAGCCUUAUGUGUAUGCAAACUCUUCAUGCGCUGGACAUGUUGAAUGAUGAUUCUUGCCAUCGCUGCAUCUGCUUAAAUUUUUACUUUUGUCUCACGGUAUCAAAGAACUUCUAAUUUUUGUCCAUUCUGAGAAGAACGGACAAGAACUCCAGGUCAAGGGUAUCUGCUUAAAUUUUUACUUUUGUCUCACGGUAUCAAAGAACUUCUAAUUUUUGUCCAUUCUGAGAAGAACGGAGAAGAACUCCAGGUCAAGGGUAUGAUCAUGCCAGUAUAUGUCUUCCCAGGAAGCUGCAUUCAGAGAACAGCACGUUGAGCCUAGUAACCACAACCAGACAGCGUCCCUUUUCUGUUUAUCUCAGAAUUUGUUGCUAAUGUUUGCUGAUUUUACUUGUUUAUAGAACCCAUGAGAAAUGUGUCCUUGCAAUUUAAUCAGCACCCUUUUAAUUAACGUGUUGUUGUUGGACCAGUUGUUUGGACUAAUCUCAAGUUCUGUUAAACUGAAGACUAUUAAUUUUGUGGGGUACCCAAACCCCCAAAGGAUUGAGAAUCUACUGCUGUGUCCCUGCUGUGAACUGGUCCGAGAGAGGCUAAGGCAUAGGGAUCUGUCCAUGACCCGUCUGUGGUCCCAGCAGGAUCCUAGUUUUCCGUUUACCAUCAAGGCAGCUAAAUAGCUUUGGUUGCUUCAUUUAGCCUUGUGAUUUUUUUUUUUCCUGGAACUUUUCAUAUUGAAUUGUGUGCAUUCUUUAUGCGUUUUGGAUGUGAACCCCUUAUCAGACAUACCAUUUGCAAAUACCUUCUCCCGUUCAGUAGGUUGCCUUUUCAUUUUGUUGAUGGUUUCCUUCACUGUGAAAAAGCUUUUAAGUUUCAUUGGAUGCCAUUUGUUUAUUUUUGCUCUUGUUGCCCUUACUUGAGGAGACAUAUCCAAAAAAGAAUUGCUGGCUAAGACCAGUGUCAAA